AUGUGUUUUCUGGAAGCCUGUCCUGGCUAUUGUCAUGUGUCUGAGGGUGGGGACUGGAGCUUCUCUGCUCACCACAAGCGCAUGACUUGUUGCCUUGAGGGGAGACCUCCAGCCAGCUGGCCUUCUGGCUGUCUAAUCUCCCUGCCUGUUUCUUCCUCGAGAGCCUAUCUUCUUCCCCACCAGCUGAGGGUGUGUGGCCCCAUGGCAGCACAUAGCCCAGGAGACGCCCCAGAUCAGAGGCUUCCGUGGGAUUCCCACCCUGCACUGGGAGAGCAGUCAGGGUGGGAGGAAAUUCCCCCACAUCAUGUUCCCUUCCUGGUUCAGGGUCAGAUUCUGAGGGCCUGGCCAGUUAAAUUCCCAGUUAACUCUGGAGUUCGUUACACUAUCAGAAAGGAAAGAGGGGGGCAGGCCCGGGGCUUUCCUUUUCUGAGUAGCAGUUCAGUCACCGGUAAAGUGGAAAAGCAGACCCACCAUCGGACAGGGGAUGGACGGUGUGCAGCCACUGUCCAUGGGGUGGGGUUAGAGUUAACCCAGUUCACAAAUGACAUGAAGCCACUGGGUUGA